UGUACUGUUACCAUCACCCUUCCUUCAUCAUGUCUAUGCCCCUGAACCCGAAACCCUUCCUGAACAACCUGACAGGCAAGCCAGUGUUCGUGCGUCUGAAGUGGGGCCAGGAGUACAAGGGAUAUCUGAUAGCAGUGGACGGAUACAUGAAUGUACAGCUAGACCAGACCGAGGAGUGGAUUGACGGAAACUGUGCUGGUGCAUUGGGCGAGGUUUUAAUCAGGUGCAAUAAUAUUCUCUACAUCAGAGGGGCCGAAGACGAAGAUGGAAAAGCAAUGGAUUAAAUUGAAAGGAAAAGAAGCUAGAUUGAAAUUCUUGACUGUUUUGGACAACGAGGCAGCUUUUGAGAGUGACGAAGAGCAGCUGAACUCUUCAAUGGUGAUAAUUAACUGCAGAUCUAUCGUACAAAACUGAAAACUGAUGAAGUUAUGUAAUUUAGCGAAACCGGUUAUUCUAUUUCCAGUGAAAUCUGGAAUGCAAAAUUUGGAAUGAUUUAUGCCUAUAGUUUUAUGUUUCUGUUCGUGAGGUUUUUGUUAUUUAUCAGCCCCCAUACUGUAUUUGUCAAAUGCUGUUUUGUUUACUCGUUUAAAAUUGAAUUUUCUCCAACAUGAUUUCUUUGAAAUAGAACCCUUUUUUAAUA